AUGACGGACUCGUCGAUCCAGGUGGUGGUGCGGAUUCGCCCCCUGAAUGCGAGGGAGAUCGCCCUGCUGCCCCGGGUCGAUACGUCGACGGCGUUCCAGGGCGACGGCGGCCUGGCGCCGUCGCCGACGAAGAGCCAGGGCGCGCUGGCCGCGAUGCGGAGCCACUACAUCCGGAACAUCCUCGCGCCGGUGGACGACCGCGUGCUGGUGUUUGACCCGGUGGACCCCGAGAGCGCGCGUGCGCCGUCGCACAUGAGCUUCCACGGGAACGGCCGCCGCCCGCGCGACGUGCGCUAUGCGUUUGACCGCGUGUAUGCACCGGCUGCGCGGCAGCGCGACGUGUACAGCGGCACGGUCGAGCCGAUGCUCGCGGGCCUGCUCGACGGCUACAAUGCGAGCGUGUUUGCGUACGGGGCGACGGGGUGCGGCAAGACGCACACGAUCAGCGGCACGAGCGAGGACCCCGGCCUGAUCUUCCUCACGAUGCAGGGGCUGUACGCGCGCAUCGAGGCGGAGCGCGGCGAGUACGAGACGGACGUGCGCCUGUCGUACCUCGAGAUCUACAACGAGACCAUCCGCGACCUGCUCUCGCCGGAGCCGACGCCGCCGGGGCCCGGCCUCGCGCUGCGCGAGGACGCCGCCCGCAAGAUCUCCGUCGUCGGCAUCACCGAGCACACGCCUGCGUCGCCAGAGCAGGUGCUCGAGAUGAUCACGGAGGGCAACCAGCGGCGCACGCAGAGCCCCACGGAGGCCAACGCCGCCAGCAGCCGCAGCCACGCCGUGCUGCAGAUCAACGUGACGCGCCGGCCCCGCACGGCCGGCACGGUUGAGGAGCGGUGCAGCGCGUCGCUCAACGUCAUCGACCUCGCCGGCUCCGAGCGCGCAUCGGCCACGAGCAACCACGGCCUGCGCAUGAAGGAGGGCGCCAACAUCAACCGCUCGCUGCUCGCGCUCGGCAGCUGCAUCAACGCCCUGUGCCAGACGGGCGGCGCACGCAACGUGCGCGGCCGGCACAUCCCCUACCGCAACAGCAAGCUCACGCGCCUGCUCAAGUUCUCGCUCGGCGGCAACUGCAAGACGGUGAUGAUCGCCUGCCCCCUCGAGCGCACACUACGACGAGACGCACAACACGCUCAAGUAUGCGAACCAGGCGAAGAACAUCCAGACCAAGGUCUCGCGCAACCUGCUGCACAUUGA